UCGCAGCUAGACUAGAUUCUGGUUAAUGUUGUGGUGACCACAAAAUUAUGGCUGGAACUACUACCAGUUUUGUCUUUCAUUACAGAGGGAGGUUCACGGAUAUCAAUCAAAGACACCGGUUAUGUUGUAUCUGCAUUUACAAUCGGCUGAGAGAACUUCAAGUUGGUGUCCCAACUCUUACUGUUGGAACCAUCUUUACAACACUGCCAUGGCUGCAGAGUGGGAUUUUCUGCACCGAUUUUGAAUCAACUCAUGAUUGGCUUUUCUUUGCAACUCCACCGACUAAUUACAGGACGAUUAGAGAUAUUGGUUUAAAGUGGCAAGCAAACCCCAAGAAAGAAAUACAAUUUGCAGAUCAUCAGCGGAUUGUUCUGACUCAUCUCUAUCUCAGAGCUAUCUCCGGUCAUGCUGUUGAUUAUGAAUUGAUGAUGAGGAGCAAAAAAUGGGUUCUCAACCUCUAUGAGUGUGGAGAAUUCUCUCUUUACUGCCUUGUCGUGGUGAGAGAAGAUAAGAACUUGUUGACUGUACUAUUCCCAGAUGGGUGUGAUGGACGAGCCUUCACCCUCAAGGCUGAGACAUUGGACGACUUGUAUGAAUGGAAGGCUGCCCUUGAGCAAGCCCUUGCACAAGCUCCCAAUGCAGCACUUGUAAUUGGUCAAAAUGGAAUAUUCCGAACAGAAGCAAACAAUACUAUUGAAGCAUCCUUCAAUUCAUGGAGGGAUCAGCGCCCGUUGAAGUCUUCGGUCAUUGGAAGACCAAUUUUGCAAGCUUUAGAAGAAACUGAUUGAAGUCCAUAUUUUCUUGAGAAAGCAAUGCAAUUUCUUGAGACAUAUGGUGAGCAUUGGCCUCCUAGUUUAAUUAGUUUCCUCCCAUUAUAUGUUCACCUUCUGAUAUCAUUAUUGUCUGUUGUUUGUCCUCUAGAAGAUUGAUUUUUACAUUAUCUUCAGUGCCGUAUAUAUUUUUAAAUUCCUUUUAUAACUUCAGCAGACAACAACAGUAAGCUCUUGCUAGCUAAUCUGUUGUCUCUCCCCAAACUUUCAUCAGAAUGCAACAUCCAAUUCAUCUGACAUUUUCUUUCCUUUAUCUUUCUCGGUUUGUUGGCAUUGUGAAAGUAACUUAACAUGAGUGAAUAUGUGAUUAUUAUAUCAGUAAAGUUGGUUACAAUCU